AUGGCAUCGCCGGCAAAGAAAUGGCCGUCGAGAGAAGGAUUUACGGCGGACGUAGUGGGUAGAAUCAUCCAGUGGGCCUUGUUGGAUCCCUGGAAAAUGGUGCCUCUGCUGGCUCUGGCUCAAUACACAGUCAAGGGGCGUGAGCUGCUCGAGGAGCGACCACAUGCACUCAAGGCACUCAAGGCAUUCGCCUCGCUGGCAGUCCUCGACCGACUCAGGGCAUGGCUUGACCGUCGCAUCAUCAACAACGGCCAGAAAGAUCACUACGACUGGAACCGGGAGAUCGUGGUCUUGACCGGUGGCAGCAACGGCAUCGGUAGACAGGUCGCGCAGUUGCUAGGCGAUCGCGGUAUCAAGGUUGCCAUCCUGGAUCUCUCGCCACCGACAGGCACCCUGCCAAACAGCGUCCGUUUCUACCAGUGCGACAUCACGUCGGCCGAAGACAUCGCCUCGGCCGGUAAAUCGAUCCGUGCCUCAUUCGGCCGCCCGACCAUCUUGAUCAACAAUGCGGGCAUCGCCACCGGCAAGACCAUUCUCGGCACUACACCCGAGCAGACUCGGCGCAUGUUCGAGGUCAACACCUUCGCACACUACUGGCUGACACAGGAAUUCCUGCCGGACAUGGUUGCCAGUAACCACGGCAUGGUAGUGACCGUGGCCUCGCAGGCCGGAUACACCGUGACCCCGAACAUGGUCGACUAUUCAGCCACCAAAGCUGCAGCCAUUGCCUUCCACGAGGGACUGGCCGCCGAGCUGGCUACCCGAUAUCAGGCACCCCGGGUCCGCACCGUCUUGGUGACGCAGGGAUUCACGCGUACGGCGCUGAUCAAAAAUCUUACCCCUGAAGAUACAUUCGUCAACCCUCUACUGUAUCCGGAGACGGUUGCGGAGGGCAUUGUGAGCCAGGUGCUGACUGGUGAAAGUGGACAUGUAGUUGUGCCCGCUACGGCAGGGUGGAUAGCGCAGCGCCUCCGCGGGUACCCUCUGUGGUUCCAGCACUCGCUACGGUGCCGACUGGAGCGGCUGAUGCGUGCUGAUUAA